AUGGCGGCGUAGGUGCAGGAUCUCUGAUGCUGUCAUGUUUUUAAAGGAGUUUAUGCUUAUAUUUCGAUAUUUAUGCAAUCAUUCAACGCCCGGAGUGAUACCAUCUCCCUGUCGAACCGGUCGCCUGCCUCGCUGUUUCGGCCAACCCCUCUGGAAGUCGCUCCUCGGGCCGGAUUCCCGUUGUAGGCAUUGAAAAGUUUGAGCUCCAUCCUCCUGUGAAGAUGAAGAGGCAGGCCGGGAGGGAGACCAGUCCGUCCAGGGCCAUCGCCAAACGGAUACGAGAAAGAGAGCGGGAGAGUACGCGGAGGGAGGAGCUCCCGCCGCCACCGCUGGCUCUGCUGCUGGCAGAGAGCCGUGGAUAUCACCGCCGGAGCCGCAGCAGGGAGCGGGAGAAGCCGAGGCUGAGGGAGGAGCGAGCGGCCGCCCUGGAGCUCCAUCACCGACAUGAGCUCAGCCUCCUUGGUCGACCCCCGCUCAGGACCACCGCGGCGGAGCUCCCCGCCGCCCGGCCGGGCACUCUGGAGUAUAAAACUCUGCUCAUCAGUAACCUCGGCUCGCAGGUCUCUGACGAGGACGUGGAGGACGCGCUGUUUCACGAGUUCAAAAAGUUCGGGGACGUCAGUGUGAAGCUGUCCCACACCCCCGAGCUGGGCCGGAUCGCUUAUGUGAACUUCAGACAUCCAGAGGACGCUAAGGAGGCCAGGCACGCCAAGUCCUCGAGGUUAGUUUUAGGGGACCGACAGCUGAAAAUUGAGCCCAUGUACGUGAGGAGGCGGAGUGUGACCCCACCUGACGCCGGUUACCUGCCUCUGCACGCCCCCUACCCCUACAGACAGCGCUCCCUGUCCCCACCGGGACCCGGAGUGAGCAGUAUCAGAGACCUGAGAGCCAGACACUACGCCCUGGAGACCCUUACCCUCAGCAGGGAGAGGGAAAGGCUGCUGGAUUAUUACGGGAUGCUGGAUGAGAGGGGGCGACCCUACGGUUUCCCUCCCAUGCCGGUAGUGGAGGAUCUAAAGCCUGAGGACGACCAGAGGGCGACCAGUAACCUUUUUAUUGGAAACCUGGAUGGUAAUGUGACUGAGGCAGAACUCAGGAGAGGGUUUGACAAGUAUGGCAUCAUUGAGGACGUGGUCAUUAAAAGGCCAGCUCGUGGACAGGGUGGGGCCUACGCUUUUGUUAAGUUUCAGAACCUUGACAUGGCCCACCGGGCCAAAGUGGCCAUGCAGGGGCGGCUAAUCGGGGGAAACCCCAUAAAGAUCGGCUAUGGUAAGGCUAACCCCACCACUCGGCUCUGGGUGGGCGGUCUGGGGCCUGGAAACUCCCUGGCUGCCCUGGCUCGUGAGUUUGACCGCUUCGGAAGCAUCAGGAACAUUGACUACGUUAAGGGGGACAGUUUCGCCUACAUUCAGUAUGAGAGUCUGGACGCUGCUCAGGCCGCCUGCAGUCAGAUGAGGGGCUUCCCUUUAGGGGGGCCUGAGAGGCGUCUGCGAGUGGACUUCGCCAAAGUGGAGGAGAGCCCUUCCCGACCUUUUCCUCCUGGUUAUCAACCUCCUGUCGCUGCCCCUUCUCACUAUGACCUCCUUGGGGAAGCCUACAGCCGCCAUCGCAGCCUGGAACGAGAGCUGAGGGGAGCCAGAGACCGCUCCUCGCCACCUGCUCACAGCCUCCUUUCCCAGAGGGAGCGAGACAGGGCCCUGCUGGAGAGAGACUACUCCACCAGCCCCACCCGCAGCCUGGAGAGGAGGGCAGGGGCCGUGGAGGCUUUUGGGAGGAGUGGGAGGGCAGCAAGAAGCCGCAGUCGGAGCAGGGAGCGGUGGCUGAAGGAGAGGGAGGAGAGGCGAAGCAGGAGGAGGAGCAGGAGCAGGAGUCUGUCCGCUGACAGACAGGUGGAGGAGAGGGAGAGGGAGAAAGAGAGGGCGAGGUCCAGGGUCAGAGGUCCGGGAGGGGCCGUUUCUCCUGAUGCAAGCCCCGACAGAGCACGUGUUCGAGCUCCUGACUCCACCACGGAGCCCAGAGACCACUCCCCCGACAGCGGAGUGGGAGGGAGACACGCCACCAAUGAAGAAGACCUCCCAUCAGGCCGACACCACAGCAAGCGCUCCUCCAGCGACCAUCUCAAUAACCACCACCAUCGAAACAGUGAAGCCAUCAGCUCUCCUGCCGCCACCACAGACACACACUCCUCCUCUUCCCCUAGCACGCUGUCAGAGUUCGCCCAGGCGUCACUCUCCAAAAUCUGGCACGGCUUCUUCGCCUUGAAGAACAGCAGCUUCCCCACAGACCUGUACCUGCUGGAGGGGGGUGUGUCCUUCUUCAACACAGUGAUGAAGGAGAGUUUGAAGCUGCAGAGUCAAAACCAGCCGAGUCAGCUGAAGAUCGUCCAGAGGCUCCGCAUGGACCAGACCCGCCUGGACGAGGUGGUGCGCCGCAUUAAACUUGGCCGGCCUGAUGGGUUUGCCAUCCUGCUGGCUCUGCAGGGCCCCGUCGACCGCCAAGCCCCGGCCCCUGAGCCCGGGCUGCAGGUGCGCCUGCUUCGCCAUCUGGUGACCUACCUGCGCAACAAAGAGGCAGCUGGAGUGGUUAGCCUGCCUGCUGCUAAAGAGGGGAGUCAGGGGGCCAUGCUGUACGCCUUCCCCCCUGGAGUGUUCUCACAGCAGUACCUGCAGGCCGCCAAGAGGACUGUGGGUAAUACGGACGAGGAGCACAUGGUCAUCGUGAUCGUUAAUGACACUAACUGAUGGUUACAUUGAAGAGCUCUGAAUUAUACAGACACAUGCAGGCAUGCACACGCGCGUACACACACACACACACACACACAGAGUGAGCAGAGAAGAGGCUCGCUGCGACUACAAAGACUUCCAUGUUGUUUUAUGAAAGAUGACCUUUAAUGUUUUAUGAGUACCGUCUGAAAGAAACAGUGAAGAACACUACACUUCUCCUCUGCCCUCUUCCUCUUUUAUGACUCCAAUCUCUCUCAUCUUUUUUCCUUUGAAGCAGAUUUGAAUAAGUUCCUGCUGAAGUAAACAAUACACAGCAAAUCUAACCCAGGCCAACUUUUUACUUUAUAUUUGGGUCAAAGUGACUAACAGGUAAGAUAUGAGGGAGCUGUUCCUGUAGAUCAUUUGAGCCAGGAACUGUGAAGUGGGCUACAGUGGCUGCAACUUGUUCCUCAGGGGCAAAUGUGACCAAAUAUAUCCACUUACAAUUCUUGUUUUUGUCCCUGACAGGCUCAGAUUGUUACUCUAAAUGUCUGACUGCAAUACAGAAAGAAUACCUGCAGAAAAAGACAUUUUUUAAAAUAGAGAGAGAUACUUUUUGACACCAGGAAAAGCUAUUAUAUUGCUCUCUUCACAACCACCAUACUCCAUUGACAAAAUCACAAAUUUUGCCUUGUUGAAUAGAGAACUUAGGGAUCUAUUUCUGCCAUGAUCCGUUAAUUUGUUUGUGUUUUUGUUAUGACUUAGUUUUUAAUAUAAAGGUCUGUCUGUGCUUUGGAUUUUCAUCAUGAUGCUUUCCAGACCAACUUCUUACUUCAUAUUUGGGUCAAAGACAGCAAGAGGUAAAACGUUUCUGAACUGCUACUGUAGACUGUUUAAGUUAGGGACAAGGGAAUAGGCUGCAGUGGCUCUAACUUAACCCUUGAAGGCAAAUGUGAUCAAAAUUUGCUCUUCAAAGUUUUUUUCUUUAUAACUGACUGAAAAAAUAACAGUUUAACCAAAAGCAGCUGAUACAUUGCUGUCUUUAAAGCCACCAGACUCCAUUGAUGAAAAUGCUAAUUUUAACCUCAGGACUUGCUGGUUUAUUGCUGCAUUCAUCAGCUUGUGAGUUUGUGUCAUUGUUUGACUGAUGUCUUCCAGAUGCCAAGCAUGGAUGCAACAUAUACUUGUGUAACACACAGUAAUAGAAGAAUACAAACUGACAGAGGCAGCAGCAGAUCUGCAGCUUCCAUUUUUUUCUGUGAGGUUAAAGAUGUUCUUAGUGUCAGUGGAGUUUGGUGGCUUUAAAAAGAGCAAAUGCCUCAUUUGUUUCUGCUGCAAAAACAUCUCAAAAUUCAGGUCUACUUCUGCAGAGAUCUUGACUGAGAUGUUGUCGGUCACUUAAAAUAUUAAUAAGUGUGUUUGCAUGGACUUAGGUAGCCCAUUUUUAUUGGUUUUUAAGUAUCUCAUCUUUGUGUUAGUGCAUGCUAGCAUCUUAUCCCUUAGAUCUAUCCUGCAUAUAUUGCAGUAACCUGUUAAAAGCGCUCAGUUUUGCUACCCUUGACAAAUUUUUGAAGAAAGACGUUGAUGUAUGCACCAUAAGCUGGUUUCUGACUGCUUACCUGGCAGCUACAAGAAGAGUGUCUUACUCCCACAGCGAUAGAGAAACAGAAAUUGAAAGUGUCAGGCUCAGAACAUUAUGAGACUCUUAAAAAAGUCAACGUGAGCCUUUCAGAGGGUAAAACAUCAGUUUUUGUGUCAUUAUCAUGCAGAUGUGACAUGUUUUUGUAGUGCAUAGACUUGACUUUUGUGCGUUUUUUCCUCAGAGGAUCAUACUGCAGUCAUUACAGCCUGUUUUCCUGCUCUUUGCUAAACAUGUUUGUGGAGCAGCUCUAAAGUUUUUAUACAUUCAGACACCAAAAUAUGUCCUAAUAUUUAAAACACACAGAUCUCCCUUUAAGCUCUGAGUCCUUUUUUCCUUUUCUAAGAAACACAUGACAGAGAGAUGAUGUAAAUGUAAAAGCUGCUCUAAACUUUGUACUCUAACCUGUAACAUUCAACACUAAAUCUAAGAGCUGUGUUUAUAUGCUUGUUGACUUUAUUUGUCUAUUUUAUUGCCUUUUUAUCAGAUGUUGUGUAUAUGGAUAUACUGGGACUGCUUGGUUUUAUACAAAGUGAUUGUACUGUAAAGUGAAUGGGAACGUUGCGCCGGCUGCCUCCUGCUCCUCUGCUGGUCUCGACUCGCAGCUUUGGACUGAUGUGGCGUGUUUUUGAUUUUGCUAAAAGCACGAGGCUCGGCGGGCGGCAGAGACGGACUAAAUCUCCUGAGUCGUCCUGUGGCUGUAUAUCUGACAUAGAUAGUGUUUAUGAAUUGAACCAUUCCAGACUCCUCUCUCUCUCUCUCUAUCUCGUUCAUUUAUUUUCAAAGGCGUGGCUGUGUUCUCUCUGUUUUUGCAUGCUGGAAAAGAUUUCUAUUUUGUCAUGUAUGCUUCCCUCUCUGUAACCUGCUGAGAUUCAUGUUCAGCUGUCAAACUGGUGCUGGUGGUCUGAUCGUAUUAUUGGUUCAGAUUUUCUAUUGUAUGAUGACUUUUAUUCGAAUUUUAAUACAUCAAUCCAUCCAUCUUUUAUCACCUGUACUCCUCUUUAUUUUAAACUGUCUGAAGUUUAGCUUUAAAAGUGUCUCCAUCCAGUUUCUCCAUUUAGACAUUUACAGGAGGUUUAUCAGAAUAAAAUGAUGGCUUUUGAA